AGCGAGCGAUCGAUCAGUCGCGUUGUGAACCUGAAAACGUCGAGAUGAAAUCGCUGGUGGUGUGCUCUUUGCUAGGAUUGCUGCUCCUGAUGGCCGCAAAUGAGGUGCGGGCCGAGUGCGACGAGGCCAAGGCGCCCGAGGACAGCGACUUCAAGCACUUCUUCAAGAACCUGGGCUGCAAGGUCAACCAGGGGGCCAAGGAUGUGGCGGAGGCGGCCAAGCCCUACGCCGACAAGAUCGGCGAGGGCGCCAAGGAGUUUGGCAGCUCGGUGGCCCAGAAGUACGACGAGCUGAAGCACAAACUCACCGAUGAGGCCUCCACCACCCCCAAGGUGCCCGUGAUCUACGACGGGCCCACCGAGAAGGUCCUUUUGGCCCCCAUCGGAGGACCCAGCUCCCCGGCUCCAUAAGAAAACUCCCACAACUGGAGGACUUUGUUGCAUAAGCUUUCUUUGUUUUUUACUUUUUUUUCUUGUGAUCUUUACAAAUAAAAAGCUAAAUCAAGUGAUGUGGAA